GACAGAACGUUCCGACUGACGUUAUGCGUCACCAGCGAUCAGCUGAUAUUGUUCAAUAUUUGUUUGCCGUGAAAAAUUUGGCAACUCCCCUCGAUGCCACGUGCGUGAAAUCUAUCCAUCUUUCGAAGACUUUUACGAUGGCGUAAGACGGUCAAUUGGACUUAUUUAGGAGACGCAAGAAUUUUUAGACUUAUAAACCUCCCUCCCUAUGCGUUAUUUACCUCGAGAUUGAAUCGAUUUACUCAGCGAUCAAGAUGACGUCGAUGUUUGACCAGUACGAGCAAGCUUCUCAGCGUUCCAAGCAAGUGCCGGCACCGCCAAUUCGUCCUGAUAUCAGCACAGCUGGAUUUAUUCAAAUGAAGCUGCAAGAUGACGGGCCCAUAUUCACUAAGCAGAAGGUCAACUUUUUGCCGUCAGAUAAAAUUCUUCACUUAGCUGUCAGCAGUAACGCAAUUGUGAUUGCUAUGGCUAACAACAUUUUGCUACGCAUCGACAUGAAGCAACCUGACAAAACUGAAGAAAUCGACAUAUCCAAGUAUGCGUUGAGCAUGAAAAUAUCCGGCUUGUUUUUGGACCCUUUGGGUCAUCACCUGCUGAUAACUUUGGUGCCGAGACACGGGGACAACCCGCCGCCGGAAUUAUUCUACUUGCAUAGGAAGACGGCGAAGCUCAAGCAAGCUGGCAAGUUCAAGGGUCACGAGAUCACCGCGGUGGGCUGGAACUUUUCUAAUGCUUCGGAAACGAGCUCGGGUCCCAUUCUACUAGGCACUUCCAAGGGCCUGAUUUUCGAAACGGAGAUCGGCUUGGAGAAUGACAAGCUUUUUAACACGAGUUUGGAGCAGUACUGGCGUCAGCUUCCGAAUUAUCUGCCUCUUUAUGGUUCAAAAGAGGCGGGAGGAUUGGUGUUUGACAUUGGAAAGAAUAGCAAGCCUCCGAUCACUGGAAUAGAAUUUCACAAAAUUCCUAAUUCGGAUAAAUAUGUGAUUAUCGUGACCACCCUUAUGCGCAUUUACCAGUACAUUGGUGCCGUUGGCAAUCCUGAAGAGAAGCCUCUUUUGCAACAAGUAUUCUAUAGAUAUCUAAACGCACAAGAGACCUUUAACGAAGUAAUAAAUUCUUUGCCAUAUUCGAAGAUGCAAUUUUACUAUCCAUUCCUAGGCGUCUUGCCAAAGUCAUUUGGAUGGCUGACGGAAGCUGGUAUCCUGUAUGCUCAGGUGGACGCGAAACCGGACGCGAAAUACGUACUGGUGAAUCAACGGAUGUUGACGUGCCCGGAAACAAGUCUCAUGGGUAGUAACGUUCCGCAAACCACUUCGGUGCCGUUGUCUUUUGUACUGACGGAAUUCCAUGCGUUGCUGUUGUAUCCGGAUCACGUGAAGGGCAUAUCGCUUCUAAAUCAGGAAUUGAUAUUCGAAGACGUUUACAAUGACGCAGUCGGCAAAUUAAUUGGCAUCACCAAGGAUCCGGCAACGAGGUCGAUUUGGGCUUAUAGCGAGCGAGCUGUUUUCAAGUACAAAGUAACGAAGGAAGAUAGGAACGUUUGGCAGGUAUACGUCGAUAAGGGUGAAUUUGAACUGGCUAAGCAGUAUUGCAGAGACAACCCGGCGCACAUCGAUCAAGUGCUCGUGAAACAGGCGGAAAUGCUCUUCAAGAAUAAAGAAUACGAGAAGAGCGCGCUAAUAUACGCUGAUACUCACUCGUCUUUCGAGGAGGUCUCCUUGAAGUUUCUGCAAGAGUGGCAAAUUGAAGCCCUGAAAACGUUUCUGCGCAAGAAACUCGAUGGUUUGAAGACGCAAGACAAGACGCAGAUAACAAUGAUUGUCAUUUGGGUGACGGAACUGUUUAUGAAUCAAAUGGGAGCUCUGCGCAGCAGCAACACGUCCUACCUUCACGAUUCACAGUACACGGAAUUGCAGAAGCAGUUUGACAGCUUUCUCACCAUUCCCAAAGUCGAGGAAUGUAUCAGGAGAAACCGUAGCACGAUAUACGACUUGAUGGCCAGUCACGGUGAUAAAGACAAUCUGAUAUGUCUGACAAUAAUGCACUGCAACUACGAGGAGGUGAUUCGUCAGCACUUGUACAAGAAUAACUACUUGGAGGCACUCGGGGUACUCAAGAGUCAAAACAAUAAGGACCUCUUCUAUCAAUUCGCCGGGAUAUUAUUACAAGAGCUGCCACGGCCCACGGUGGCCGUUUUGAUCUCGCAAGGAUCGUCACUGAAGCCGGCGAAGCUUCUGCCAGCUUUGGUCUCGUGCAACAGUGACGAAAAGCACGCAAAAGAAAUUAUUAAAUAUUUGGAGUUUUGCGUGUACAAGCAGGGCUCGCAGGAGCAAGCAAUUCACAACUUUCUUCUAUCCUUGUAUGCGCGUUACAAGCAGGGCGAAGUGAUGCGAUAUAUAAGCUCUCAAGGUCAGGAUAUCAGCAUGGUGCACUAUGACGUGCAUUACGCGUUGCGUUUGUGUCAGGAGGUAGGCUUGACGGAAGCCUGCGUGCAAUUGUCGGCUUUGCUCGGUCUCUGGACCACCGCCGUGGAUCUCGCGCUCACGAUCAGCGUAGAUCUCGCUAAGCAAAUCGCCGCUAUGCCAUCUGAUCAUGAUGACGAGUUGAGGAAGAAACUAUGGUUGAAGAUAGCGGAGCACGUGGUGCGAGAAAAAGACGACAUACAGCAAGCAAUGGAGUUUUUGCAACACUGUGAUUUAGUUAGGAUAGAAGAUAUUCUGCCCUUUUUCUCUGAUUUCGUCACGAUCGAUCAUUUCAAGGAAGCUAUUUGCAAUUCCCUGCAGGAAUAUAACCAGCAUAUUCAAGAUCUUAAGGAAGAGAUGCAGGAAGCCACGAAAGCAGCAGAACUAAUACGGAAGGACAUUCAAGCCUUCAGAACCAGAUGCACCUUCGUGCAUGCGCGGGACACGUGUAAUACAUGCGACGUACAACUGUUGCUGAGACCCUUCUACGUAUUUCCCUGCGGUCAUAAAUUUCACAGUGACUGUUUAGUAGCGGCGUUAACGCCGAUGCUGUCUAUGGACCAGAGGACGAAACUGGCGGAUCUUCAGCGACAACUCACGGCUAUCUCGAACCGGCCCGAAGACACCACUUCGACGAUCUCCGUGUCGUUGUCGACGAGGGACCAAAUCAAGGCCGAUAUCGACGAGCUGGUCGCCUCGGAAUGCCUCUACUGCGGAGAGCUUAUGAUAGAAUCGAUAGACAAGCCAUUUAUUGAGGAAGAGGAUUACGAACGCGUGAUGAAGGAAUGGACGUGAUGAGGUUUCCCCGCUGAAAAUGUGAUAGAAGCACGCUUAUUUUUUUUCUCUUUUAUUUUGAGAAGAGAUUAAUUACGCCCUGUAUUAUACGUAUAUACACAUAUACAUAUAUACACGAUAAUCAUAGCUUGGUCAUAAAUUAAUUAUUAUGAUCU